AGUGCGGGGGACAGCAGGCACGAGAACCGACCCGAUGUCGGGGUCCGAGCCAGGCCACCGGAAACUUUGCCCAGUUCACUUCUUUAACUGAGAUGGACAUGAUAUAAUCUCCAGUGAGUCAAAGGAUGGCGUCUAGUCCUGUGCUUCCCACCGAGGAUGAACAGGUUUCCUUGGGCAUCGAUGGUCGCCAUAUUACACUGCAAGCUGAGCAGGAAGACACUCAGAAGAAAACCUUCACCUGCUGGAUAAACUCACAGUUGGCAAAGCACACUCCUCCCUCGGUUGUGUCAGACCUAUUUGCGGACAUUAAAAAGGGGCAUGUCCUCCUGGACCUGCUAGAAGUACUCUCAGGACAACAGUUGCCUCGAGACAAAGGAUCUAAUACCUUUCAGUGUAGAAUCAAUAUAGAACACGCCCUGACAUUCCUAAAAAACCGAUCAAUCAAGCUAAUAAAUAUUCAUGUCACUGAUAUUAUAGAUGGAAACCCGUCCAUCAUUCUUGGCCUAAUUUGGACAAUUAUACUGCACUUUCAUAUCGAAGAGCUUGCCCGGACUCUUUCUUGCAAUUACAAUCAACCUUCCUUGGACAGUGUGAGUGUGGCUGACUCAUCUCCUACCUCAAGUCCUCCAGCUAAGAAAUGCUCCAAAGCCCAAGAAAGAUGGCAGAUGUCUGCAAAGAAGGCUCUUCUCUUGUGGGCUCAGGAGCAAUGUGCCCCGUGUGAGUCUGUCAGUGUGACAGAUUUUAAGUCAAGCUGGAGAAAUGGGAUGGCUUUUUUGGCUGUCAUUCAUGCCUUGCGACCAGACCUAAUUGACAUGAAGACAGUGAAGCAUAGAUCCAACAAAGACAAUCUGAAAGAGGCCUUUGGAAUUGCCGAACGGGAAUUUAAAAUCCCCAAGUUGCUAGAACCAGAAGAUGUGGACGUUGUUAAUCCUGAUGAAAAGUCAAUCAUGACUUAUGUGGCACAAUUUCUACGGUAUUCGAAGGAUGCAUCUGGGACUGGAGCUGAAGCUCAGAGCCUGCUGUCCUUUUUGGAGUCCUUCAAUGAAGGAAAAGAGCCCUUUUUGGACAUCCUGCCAAUAGAAAGGAACUUGGAUGAGCUGAAUGAAGAUCAGUUACAGUUGAGAGAAGUCUGGGAUGGCCUCAACUACCAGGUUACCGUGUUAUGUUGA